ACAGUACAGCAUCUCCAUUGCUCAAACCCUCUCUUUCUCUCUCUAUACAUACAUAUCAGCGUUUUAACGCUAUACGUAACGGAUAUACACACAUUACACUCAUAUACACACACACCCAAAAAAAAAUAAUAAGAAGAUACGCUUACCGUAUCUUCAAAACUCGGAACCCUAGCACACACUCCGCAUCUCUAUCUCUUCAAUUUUCGAAACCCUAAUUCCUUGUUAGCCCUACAUUCGUUGAAUCGAAUUCUCAAAUCUGUCGAUAGCUCGAAUAUCAUCGGAAAAUCAGAUAUUUAAUCGUUAAUUUUUUCCUGAACUUGUACCGAUUAAUUUUUUUUUUCUGAGAACACUUGCUUAUCUCUUGAUUAAUCGUGAGUUACCCAUCUUUGUUUCGAUUGAAUUUAAUCCUCUUUGUUGUUGAUUGUUGUUUUAUUCUGAAAAAAGUAUUUAGUAACUCCUAAAAAUCUGUGUACCCUGAAAAUCAUAGGGAAUUGCUGUUAUAUUGAGCUCCGGCUUUGUAUCAAAUUCCAGUAAUUCCCUACGUUUUCUCGAGGUGUUGUUUUUGAAUUUUCAGAUAUAGAAGAAUGGUUGGAGGUGGGAAUAGAAGGGAGGAAGGAUCGUUUACUGUGAGCAACAGCAAUGUUUUUGCAGCUUUGGAGAGUUUGAGGAAGAAGAAGAAGUCUGACAAGGAGAAGGGCUCAUCGAAGGGUGGUAAGGGCACCUCCAAAGCUGCUGGUGGGGCCGAGAAGCAGGUGUUUUGGGCUCCGGCUCCAUUGACUGUGAAGUCGUGGGCGGAUGUCGAUGAUGAGGAUGAUGACGAUUACUAUGCAACCACUGCUCCGCCGCAGGCGAUGUGGGCUGCUUCUGGUUUGAAUGAGACAGGGGAGACUCAUAAACCGGAUCUUGUUGAGGAAAGUGAAACUGAAGACGAACUUCUUGAUGAAGGUGAUGACGAUGCGGAAGAGGGGAAUGACAGUGAGUCAGAGGUCCAUGAACAACCCGAGUUGACGGUGGAAAAGCCUGUAGUGGCCUCUCCAGCACCGAAAGAGACAGAAAGACAGCUCUCCAAGAAGGAGCGAAGGAAAAAGGAGCUAGCUGAACUAGAGGCUAUUUUAGCUGAUUUUGGUGUGACCCCGAAAGACAAAGCUGAAGAUGAGCAAUCUGAAGUCUCCAAAGUGAAUGGAGAUGAGGAGAAAAAGGAUAACGUCCCUGUAGAAUCGAAAAGUGCAAAGAAGAAGAAAAAGAAGGAUAAAGCAGCUUCCAAAGAGGUGAAGGAAGCCAUUAACGAACCAGACGAAACCACUGGAACUGAACAGGUGGAGGAAGACACAUCUACAGUUGAUGUGAAAGAGAGGCUCAAGAAAGUUGCAUCGGCAAAGAAAAAGAAGUCCAAUGUGGAUUCUUCUGCCGCUGCUAGAGCUGUUGCUGUGGAGGCUGCCGCUAGAACUGCAAGACUUGCUGCCGCUAAGAAGAAAGAGAAGAACCAUUACAACCAGCAGCCAAUCCGGUAAGACAAAAAGAGAAAAUUGGUCGAGCUAUAUCAUAUACAGAUGGAGACGGGUUUUUUUUAUUUACUUAAUAAACUUCGAUAAAUGAACUUCUGAUAUAACUUUUACAUGUUUUGGGGGAUUUUUCGUUAUUGAUGAACUUGUUUUUUUUAUCGGGUACUUUUUUUUCUUUUUCUUUUUCGGGAAACUUUCCUAGAGCAGGUUGUAACAUACUUGUACUUUGUGAUGUAUGUAUCUGUUUAUCUAGGUUGGCAUGAUGUUUGGUUAUAUGUUUUUGUACCAAAUUUGUUUGGUUUUAUUUUUGGUUUACAA